AUGCCCACCUACCCAGAUGGUGAAUUGGGUUCAGUAGAAUACAAUAAGGAAGAAAGGCGUGAUCUUGCCAUGAAAUCUCGUGCAGCAGCCCUAAAAUAUGGCACUUCUGAACGUCAGAAGUUAAUUGAUGAGAUUCAUGAAUAUCUGCUAAGCAAGUCACCGCCUGUUCCUGUUCCUCAACUUCCUCAACUGAUCCCCUCACAGGCCUCCAACGGCACAGGCGGCAGCUAUGUCGUCAACGGCGGCUAUGUCGUCAGUGGGAAUACAUUUCAUGCUACCAAUUCCAAAGCGGUAGGAAUUUUGGAUUCUAUGAAUGCCUUCUCCGACGAAGACCACAAGCUUUUACCUUCUUGGCUAAAACUUUUUAGGUGGAGAAAGCAAAACUAG